AUGAAACUAAUCAGGAUAUUUGCAUUGUCAGCGGUAGUUUUUUAUUUAACACAAGAGAAUGAAACGGAUGCGUUAAUAGCACGUAUGAUUGAAGGCGGAGCUAACUUGGCUAUAGAUGUAAGUCUUAAAUUGAUCAAAAUCCCAAUUAUGGUAGGUGGAAAGAUCGCUUGGAAAUGUAUAAAAGUACCUACUAAGUUUAUUUGGAGUCUUGCGAAAAUUCCUUUUAAAAUUAUUAUUAGACUUGCCUGGAAAUUUUCUAAAAAACCAUUAAAACGUAUUACGCCACAAUUUAUACAAGAUACUAUAAGACAAGAAGUAACUAAAUAUCAACUGGAUAAGAAGUUGAGAAAACAAAAAAAGUCAAAGAUCCAUCGUUUCAAGACGGCAGUUAAAAAUAAAAUAACCAGCUGGGAAUUGAGUCACAAACUGAGGAAACUGAGACAAAAGAAUAAUCGUCAAAAAAAAUUAAAGUAA